AUGACUCGUGAGUAUCGAGCUAAAAAUCGAAUCAAGAUGAACAAUGAAGUGAAUGGAUUUGGGAUCGGAUUCAAUUCUGAUACCCUUUUGAUUAUUAAGCUCCCAGAUUGUCGGGUUCUGCGUAUUAUAUCAAGAUCAUUGUUACUAGCAAUGGUUCUUGUUGCGUUGCUUUUCCUUGGCUGUAUAAGAAGGGAUUCUACAAAUGGAUUUUGUGAGUUCGAUGCUGAUUCGGACAUUAAUUGUUUCAAGAUUUUUCCUGUUCUUUUCCGUGAUUUGGUUGACGAAGGCCUUAUCAAGAAAGGCAACAGAGGGCUCAUUUUAGGCUCCUGCAUUUGUGAUAUUGAAGAUGAUUUUCCAUUCAUAAAUGGAAUCGGUAUUGAUUUGGCCAUUAAAUCUAAUAAAACCCAGAAGAAAUUGAGCCAAGUUGAUGUGUUUGAUUUUGUUUUGGCUUUCAAUUUCCAUGAAAUGAAGCUGAUUGAUGGUAUUCUCAAGAAUGGUGGCAUCGUGAUUGCGCCACUGAACAAUGAUUCCCCUAAUGUUCUUCAAGAACAAAUGAAUUAUAAGAUAGUGUAUCUUAGACGAUUUGAGAAUGAGAAUAUUUCAUAUGAACAUAUUCCUGACAUUGAGUACACCGUGGUGGCGUUGAGGAAAAUCGGGGCAACAAAUGGGUUGAUGAAUUUCCCAACAAAGGAUGUAUCGUGCGGGACUGCUUCAAAGGUCAAGAAAUUAGCGUUGGAGGGCUUAGAGGACGUGUAUCUAGAGCCGCCAAGAGGAGCUUUGCCAAAAUUAAGUUUUGGAUCAAGGAAACUGAAAUUUCUGCCUGAUUUGAUGAGGGACUCUCUUGACAAUUAUCCUCGAAGGAUUUUCAUCUCAGAUGAUACAAGUUCCAUCGACUGGUUUUACAAAAAUUAUCCAAUGAGGGAUCAACCAUUCGAGAUAUACAACAUGGAGAUAGAGAAUCAGGAUGAAUCAAUGAGUAGAACUGUGCCUCAAGAUAUGGGGAUAUCAGAAUGGCUAACGCAAAAUAUGAAGCGCGAUGACUAUGUUGUGAUGAAGGCAGAAGCACAAGUAGUGGAGGAAAUGAUGAAAGACAAGACUAUAUGUCUAGUUGAUGAGUUGUUUUUAGAGUGUAAGAAUCAAUGGCAAGAUGAAGAUGGUGAAGAAGAGAAUGGCAGGAAGAGGGCAUAUUGGCAGUGUUUAACGUUGUAUGGAAAAUUAAGAGAUGAGGGUAUUGCUGUGCACCAAUGGUGGAGUUGA